UCAGAUCCUCCCGAUUUCAACAGACUAGUCAGAUUUGUCCGGUGUCUUCUGCAACGAGGCCACCUCUUCAUCAAACUGGCGCUUUAAAGACGGUCUUAAGACAAUGAUGGAUCUAAUGACAGCUACUCCUUUCUAUCACAUCAAUUCAACAGACGCCAAUGGUAGAAAUGGCUCUUCGUAUGAGGAGGAGGAUGAGUUUGAUUACAAAGACGAGCAUCCUGAGCUGAGACAGUCUCUCAACAUCAUGACUCUCAUUGUUUAUUGCCUGGCCUUUGUUCUCGGUGUGCUCGGGAAUGGAGUGGUUAUCUGGGUGACUGGAUUCAAGAUGAAGAAAACUGUUAACACAGUUUGGUUCCUCAACCUCGCUGUGGCCGACUUCCUCUUCACAGCAUUCCUGCCUCUGAGUGUGACCUACACAGCUACAGGUUUUCACUGGCCUUUUGGCAAGUUCAUGUGUAAGCUGAACAGCACUAUAAGCUUUCUGAACAUGUUUGCCAGUGUGUACAUCUUGGUGGUGAUCAGUGUGGACAGAUGUGUGUCUGUGGUGUGGCCUGUCUGGGCCCAGAACCACCGGAGUGUACGUAAGGCGUCCUGUGUGAGUCUGGGUGUUUGGGUACUGGCUCUGAUUCUCAGCGCUCCAUACUUCGUCUUUAGGGACACUGGGCGAUCAUAUAACAAUGAAGAAAUCAUCAAUUGCUACAACAACUAUGCUCUCUCUGAUGACUAUGAAACACUUUCUGUGAAUCAGCUGCGUCAGUUUCGUCAUCAGGCCAUGACCGUCACCCGCUUCCUCCUGGGAUUCGUUGUCCCCUUCACUGUCAUUGUCUCCUGCUAUGCUGUGAUAAUCCAUCGUCUCAGAAGAAACCGCACCCUGGCCAGCCAGUCAAGUCGCCCCUUUAAGAUCAUCGCUGCAGUUAUCACCACUUUUUUCCUGUGCUGGGCUCCUUAUCACAUCAUGGCUUUAAUUGAGUUAGUAAAUCACAUGGCUGAUCAUGCAAGUGAAACAUUAGACCAUAUCACCACCAUUGGAGUUCCUAUAGCAACCAGCCUGGCUUUUCUCAACAGUUGCCUUAACCCACUGCUGUAUGUGUUCAUGGGGCAAGACUUCAAGGAUAAGGUCCGUAAAUCCAUCCUGAAUGUAUUGGAGACUGCCUUCCAAGAAGAGGUUUCUCGCUCUUAUACCUACACAAACUCAAUGGUCACGAGUCGGAGCAAAGAAAAGUCUGUUUCUGAUGCUGAAGUAUAAGAUGUCAAUGAUAUGGAUACUGUAACUGUACAUAGAUGUCACUGUAUAUACAAAUAACUAAGUUUUGGUUUUGGAGCUAAGCUUGAGGACCCUCAAGGCGGUCUGUAAACAUUUUGUACGUUUUAAACAUUGCACCUGGUACUGGCACCUGUAUUGAUAUUAGUUAUAUGAUUGACAACUUUCAAGGCUUUACAAUCUGUUGGCUGUAUGUUAAUAUUAUACUAUAACUUCUAGAUCCUUUUUUGAUGCAUUUGUGAGAUAAUGCAUUUUGAGACUAUAUAUGGCUUGUUAUAAUAUACUGGACUACUGUUUCCUUGCCCUGGAAUAAAAUAUGUGUUAAACUAUAUUGAAAAGCAAUAGCGAUUAGCUGAGGAACUUGCCCUUCAAACAUCUAGUCCAACUGAACCAAUGAUACCACUAAGUGCGAAUAUCAGAAAGUUGGGUGCAUCCGAAGGGGUAACAAAGGGCCAUCUUUGGGUUCAUAAAGGGAAAUGAGGUGGGCUGAUGAUCUCAUUACUCAUUUAUCCUGUAUAAUAAUGCUUACUAAAAAUCCUUCUGUAAUGUCUAUUUUUUAUGUCAAGUAUCAUUUAACUGCUACAUGUCUACUUCAUGCUUUAAACAUUGUUUUAAUCAUGGGCUAAUGUAAGCCUAAUACUUACCUUUACACAGUGUUGCUUAAAAUAGCAGCUGCAUUGUAAACUUGGCAUGGAUUGAUCUCUAAAUCAUUGUUAGUUAUUUUAAAAGUAAAUAAGUCAAUGUGAGUAAAUGCAUAACGUGUAAUAAUCUGAUCAUUUAAAUGUAUCAUUUUCUGAACUUUUUUAUAGAACAAACCUAUGUUCCUUAAUUGAUUUGUAACUACCGAAAAGAUAAUAUAUCCGUUUACAAUCAAAAUGGAAAAACACCAAAUCUUAUCAUUUUAGAAGCAAUCAGUGAAUACAAUGGCACACAUAUUCUAUGUUUUGACUUUGGUACGUGUGGCAUAUGUGAUUCAACAUGAAGUUUCUAUAAAAGAUGUAUUAUUAUGUAAACAAUGUAAAUGAUAAAACGUUUUAUAUAUAUAUAGUUAUAGCCUAAGUGUCCAACUGUACCAAGAGUCCAUAGAAGCUGAUAAAGACUGCUUAUGUGUUGUUACCAUUAUCUUCAUUAUUAAAAUUUUAUUUCCACUUCA